AUGGCCACACCAGUCCUAUCGGAGGCGCUGUCAAUCAUGACUCUCGCACCCGUUGUCCGACAAAUCGCGACCUCGACCACCACAGGCACAGCGCCUGCCGAAACCUCACUCACCGUGGAGAAAGUUCCGCCUUCCAUAGGACCCAUUCCACUCGCCGCAUUCAUCCCCAUGUGUUUCUUCGCUCCCUUCCUCAUCUCAUCUGCCAUCUACCUCUUCUACAAAUACACAAUCAAACGCUGCAACGACAACAGACGCAAAAAGCGAGAACCGGAGGCCAAAGAGCCAGAAGCAGACGCGCAUCGCGAUGUGGAGAUGCAGGUCGCUGGUUUUGUCCAAGCUCCAGCACCGGCAAGAACCAGGAUUAGGAAGGAGAGAAGAGGGGGCGAGUUGGAGCCUGUGCAAGAGAAAGGGAAUAGCAUGAAUAUGCCGGAGCAUAUGGGGAGCCCGUUGAAGAGCCAGGUGCAUUUCAAUGCUUAUUAG